AUGGAAACAAAAUCUUGGAGGUCGAAACUGAAUAUUGGGCAAAGAGACAUAGAAAAAGAAAACAGUUCUCCUCCUGCUCUUGAUCCGGAAUAUAUUGUCAAAUGGGCACCCAAUGACCCUCUAAACCCUCAAAACUGGUCUGAUCGAUAUAGAUGGUGGGUAACUUUCCAACUUGGGCUGUUGGCGUUGGUCGGCAGCCUCGGCUCAAGCAUUCUCACGCCAGCCGAUGAGACGAUUGCGGUGUAUGUUGGGGUCAGUAAUGAGGUUUCCGUUCUUAAUCUCUCUCUUUAUGUCAUUGGAUUUGUGCUUGGUCCCAUCGUCUGGGCCCCUAUUUCCGAGAUUUGGGGUCGCAGAAUCAGUAUCUUGCCCGCCGUCUUCUUCCAGGCUAUUUUCUGUAUUGCGACUGGAGUCAGCAGGAAUGCAGUUUCGGUUUUUGUCACGCGUUUCUUUGCCGGAUUCUUUGGCUCUGCGCCAAUCAGUAAUGUUACUGCUGCUCUGGGCGAUAUGUGGAGCAAGGAAACCCGAGGGACUGCGGUGAGUCUGUACGCUGUAGCAGUCAACGGUGGUCCGGCCCUGGGUCCUCUAAUCGGUGCUGCGCUUGUGUUGAAUAACGAUCUAGGCUGGCGAUGGGCCUCGUAUAUACAAGCUAUUUGGGGCUUUGUCGUCUUCACGCUCACAUUCUUCUGUCUGCCGGAGGUGUUCCCUUUAGUCCUACUCAAACGCAAGGCGCAACAGAUACGAAUGGAGACAAAUGACCAGAGAUACUAUCACCCUCAUGAGCAUAUGCAACUCGACUUCCACUCAAUUCUCACCAAACAACUGUCUCGUCCGCUGAGAAUGUUGUUCACCGAGCCUAUAGUCACCUGUAUUGCAUUCUACGCCUCAUUUGUCUACGGAGUCAUGUAUUUGACCCUCGAGCUGUUUCCUAUCGUGUUCCAAAAACAACGUGGAUGGAGCCCUGUAGUUGCCUCUCUACCAUUCCUCGGCCUUUUGAUUGGUGUUAUAUCCUCCGUGGGCGUAAAUAUCUGGAACCAGUAUCGCUACAACCGAAUAUCGCGUGCAGCAAACGGGGCCACCGUUCCAGAGGCACGACUUCCACCCAUGGCAUUCGGCGCGGUUUUCAUGGUCGUGGGACUCUUUUGGUUUGGCUGGACAGCUGAACCUCCCCAUCACUGGGUCCUUCCUUGCUUAGCGGCAGUUUUCAUUGGAAUUGGGUUCAACUGCAUCUUCCAGCAGUGCCUCAAUUUCCUGAUUGAUGUGUAUAGAAUUUAUGCGGCCAGUUCCACGGCGGCGGUCACUUUUCUGCGCAGUCUGAUGGCUGCUGGUCUUCCAUUGGCUGCGAUGCCGAUGGUGAAAGCAUUAGGCGUUGGACCAGCAACCUCAAUUAUCGGUGGUGUGGCGGCGGGUUUGCUUCCCGUGCCGUUUUUGUUCAUGAAAUAUGGACCAAGGUUACGAAAGCUGUCGAAGAUCGUGCCGAAUGAGUCAUAG